CGGGCCGGUUACAGCGCGUAUCUGUGGGACUCGGGCACAAUGGCCGACCCCAGCAGACCCCAGAGGAAGAUGUCCCGCUCAGGAACCUCCCUGUAUGUUGUGUUGGGGCUGCAGAAAGGGGCCUCCCCUGAUGAUAUAAAGAAAGCUUACAGAAAGCUGGCGCUGAAAUAUCACCCCGACAAGAACCCGGAUAACCCGGAGGCAGCGGAGAAGUUUAAGGAGAUAAACAGCGCCCACUCCACUCUGAGUGAUGAGAACAGGAGGAAGAUCUACGAUGAGUACGGCUCUAUGGGACUCUAUGUGGCUGAGCAGUUUGGGGAUGAGAGUGUAAAAUAUUAUUUCCUCAUGUCCAAGUGUUGGUUCAAGGCGCUGCUGAUGUGCUGCUUCUUCUCCUCCUGCUGCUGUUGCUGCUGCUGUUGUCUGUUCUGCUGUGGUCGCUGUAAGCCCCCCGAGGAGGAGGAGGAUUCCUAUAAAUCUGUCAUUCCCGAAGAUCUGGAAGCCCAGAUACGAGCAGAAGAUGGUGCUGAAUCCAUCCGGGUGCAGCCGUCUGCUGGUCCCCCCAUUCACCCACAGCCCCCACAGCAAAACUCCUAACAGAUGUCGCUUCCAGAUGAUUAACCACUCAGCAGCUGCAUUGGAUACAUUUGCACCCAGAAACUCCGCACUCACAGGGGGAAGUAGAGAGGGUGCUGUUAUAUAUAUAUAUAUAUAUAUACCUGCUACCUGUGCCACCAUCUGCCAAUUCUCCUUCGUUGGGCUCCAAAGGAGAGACUUGCCCACAAAUUGCCCCCAGCACCUGUCACUAGAGGGAAGGGGCAGAUGAACGGGCACCACUGGCUACAAUCUGCCCUCACUUUGUCAUGGCCAACAGUUUGCCCCUCAUACUGACUCCAUGUCCCCCUGGCACCAACCAUCCAUGUGCAGUGGAGCUGAUGCCCGUGAUUUGCCCAUUAUGCUGCAGCCAUGAUUGUACAGACCUUCCCAUUCACUGUGUUGGUCCCAAGACUUCUACCCCCGUGUAGGUUUGAUGGAAAGACCGAGCCAAACUCAGACUGUCAGACUGUUGUUCUGUGUUUGUGCUGCAACAGCCCAAUCCAAAGAGCAGCAACUUGUGACCAGCCACACCCACACGGAUAACCAGCCACACCCACGCGGAUAACCAGCCACACCCACGCGGAUAACCAGCCACACCCACACAGAUAACCAGUCACACCCAUGCGGAUAACCAGCCACACCUACUCGGAUAAUCGGCCACACCCAUGCGGAUGAUCCAACGAUUUCCCCUCCCCUCCUGUUUUAGAACUGAAUGCCAACUUUGUACAUAGUUGUGUAACUGGCAUAUUGGGCACAAACGGACUGAGUGCCAAUGUUUAGCAGUUUGGUGCCUGCGCUGAUCCACGACUGGCACUUGGGCAAAAAAGGUUUCCUUUUCCAAUAAGUUUGGGGCACCAUUGUGUGCCACCCAGUCACUGCACCCUGGUACUCUGUGUAAUCAUUCCCAUGGGCACCCGAGUGGGUUACCAAGAGCACAAGCAGCACAGCAGAUAAUGUUAGUGGAACAGAUAUGUACAAUCAAUACAGUAUCACAAUACUCACGCCUCCCCUUUUGUCUGUCAAUGGGCCGUGCCAAUCCCAGAAUUCGGUGCAAUUCCAAUAUGGCUGCACACGUGUUGCAUAGGAAUGAGAUCAAUCAUCUGCCAACAACAAACCCUCUAGUCCCUGGCAUAAGCCCCCCUCACCCACCAGCUCUGUAUGGGGUUCCAUUAUUAGCUGUGAUUGGCUACAGAGAUAAGGGGCGGGGCAGGUAGAGAGGAGACUGGUCUCUAUAGUGUGGGUCACAAUUGAGGGGUGCAGCCUGUCCUGUUGUUUGACAAUGGGGAGCCAAAAACCCUGAGCCCCUGUCUGUAUAUUCCUAAUGAGCAGUCACUUACACUGUCUCACACUGUCUCACUCACAGUCUGUCUCUUCUCUGUGUGUCUCACUCACCAACAUGUAUAUGUGCAGCCCAGUCCCUACAGCAUUUAUAUGUGACUCAUUUAUAUUCAUAUGAUUUGUAAUCCGCACCGAGCAGAACCCAGUCUCUGUCUCUAACUAAUCACUGCCAGUCCCUGUUAAUGUCUGUAUUCAUAUCUGCCCCAGCCAGCUGUGAGUAGAGCCCAGUCUGUAUUCAUAUCUGCCCCCAGUCAGCUGUGAGUAGAGCCCAGUCUGUAUUCAUAUCUGUCCCAGCCAGCUUGGAUUAGAACCAGUCCUGGAGCAGAGAAUAUGGCUGGAGGGGCAGAACAUUAUGAGCUCAGGACUGUGAGUGGGGCAAUAGUUAUUAGUAUUGUGUCAGUAUUGUGUGUCUGUGCCAAUAACUGCCCCGGGUAUAGUGACGGCAACUCUCUCUCAUCAGCUGCUCCUGCCAUUUUGCUCCGUGUCUCACCAGCAGUAGCAGUAGCAGUGUCUUUAUACACCGACUGGCACCAUAUUGGCACUGUAUGAAAUAGUGAUGGGGGGGUGAAAGAAUAAACCAAUAAAAUCUCUCCCACACCCCA